GAUCUACUUUUUGUUUUUGUCCCAUUUAUUAAAAAAAAAGAAAAGAAAAAAAUCAAGACUGGUGGGGAGCUAACGCUCGCGUCUUCUUCCACUUUGACGUUAAUCGGGAAUUGAACUCACUGAGCGGACCCGGAUUUGGCAGUCACGUCUUCGUUUUUCUAGCUGUUUGUGAACUGUGAUGAUCAGCUACUCUACAUUGGACUGAAGAAGAAGGAUAGUGAUGGCUGAUUCUCAAUCAGCGACAAUGGCCGGAGCUCCGGUGACGGAUUCUGUUUAAGUAAGUAAGCGGAGAUCGAAUACUCGACGGCGGUGGAGAGAGGAGGAUGUUUAAGUCAGCGAGAUGGCGGAGCGAGAAGAGCAACAAAAUCAAAAUCGUUUUCAAGUUGCAGUUUCAUGCGACUCAGGUGACUCAGUUGAAGGCGGAGGGAUUAACGAUCUCUGUAGUACCCGGAGAUGUUGGGAAAUCGACGGGGAAGGCAGAGAAAGCUAUGGUACUCGACGGACAUUGUCGGUGGGAAUCUUCGGUGUACGAGACGGUUAAGUUUCUUCAGGAUUUUAAGACUGGCAAAGUUAAUCAAAGAAUUUAUCACUUUAUUGUGUCUACUACUACGGGAUCUAACAAAUCUGGUGUUUUGGGAGAGACUUCGAUUGAUUUUGCUGAUUACUUUGAUGCUGUUAAGACUUGCAAUGUUUCACUUCCUCUCCAGAAUUCGAAUUCGAAUUCAAAAGCAAUGUUGCACGUAUCGAUACAAAGGCAGCUAGAAAAUGCAGAUCCACAAAGAGUGGUGAAAGAAAUCGAUAGCUUGGUGAAAAGGUCACGGGGUCAAGAUUUGAAAUCCCAUUUGAGUAUUGAAGCAGAUGAAACCCAUAAAAGUGAUUCACAAGAGGAAGGUCCAUUUGGUAAAGCUUCCCGGAUUGCUGAAUUAAGGCGUCGAGCAUCCAUUGAAUCUGAUAGUACGUUGUCAAGCUUUGACAGUGGGUCUGAAUUGGAUACACUGGGAGAGAUUGGAAGCAGAGGUGAUCACAUUCAGCAGAACCACUCAACUAUGCAUCAUCAUUCGGUUACAAAUAUAUAUGAAGAGCCUCAUAUAUCAGAAUCCGAGUGGUCAGGAAGCUCUGAUCAGGGGAUCAGUACUGAUGACUCCAUGAAUAGUUCAAAUGAUACAAUCCCGAGAGAUAUCUCAAGGACUUCCUCCAAUGAAAAUGUAGAUAAGCUUAAAGCCGAACUUGUUGCUUUGGCAAGGCGAGCGGAUCUUUCGGAACUAGAGUUACAAAGCCUGCGGAAACAGAUUGUUAAAGAGACCAAAAGAAGUCAGGAUCUCCUGAGGGAAGUAACUAGCCUGAAGCAGGAGAGAGAUUUGCUGAAGGCUGAUAAUGAGAGUAUUAAAGCAUCUGACAAGCGAAAGGAAGAGGCAAAAAUUAGGAACCAGUUGCAGCUUGAAGGAAGGGAUCCGCAAGUUCUUUUAGAAGAAACCCGAGAAGAACUGGAUUGUGAGAAGGAUCUGAACUCCAAUCUACAGAUACAGCUUCAGAAGACACAGAAAUCAAACACCGAGUUGAUCCUUUCUGUGCAAGAGCUAGAAGCAAUGGUGGGGAAAAGAGGUAAGAAAACAGUUGAUCUUCCUAGACCAAGAACAUGCGAGAGGAACACCGAAGAAUCGAGGAGAAGGUCCUGCACAAGUGAGACAGAUGACGAUGAGGAUCAAAAGGCACUAGAUGAGCUUGUGAAGGGGCACAUGGAUGCAAAAGAAGCACACGUCCUGGAGCGAAGGAUCACUGACCUAUACAAUGAGAUAGAGAUCUAUAAACGAGAUAAAGAGGAUCUUGAGAUACAGGUGGAGCAGCUUUCUCUGGAUUAUGAGAUACUUAAGCAGGAAAAUCAUGAUAUCUCAUACAAGCUAGAGCAAAGCCAAGUGCAAGAACAGUUGAAGAUGCAAUAUGAAUGUUCAUCUUCUCUUGUAAACGUGAAUGAGCUUGAGAAUCAUAUAGAGCGCGUAGAAGGUAAGCUCAGGAAGCAGAACGAGGAGUUCUCUGAGUCCCUGUGCCGCAUUAAGGAACUUGAAACGCAGAUCGAGGGAAUGGAAGAAGAAUUAGAGAAACAAGCUCAGAUCUUUGAGGGAGAUAUUGAAGCUGUUACACGUGCUAAAGUGGAGCAAGAGCAAAGAGCUAUCGAAGCCGAAGAAGCCCUUAGGAAGACGAGGUGGAAAAAUGCUUGUGUAGCCGGAAAAAUCCAGGACGAGUUCAAGAGAAUCUCUGAGCAGAUGUCUUCUACGUUAGCAGCAAAUGAGAAGGUGACUAUGAAAGCGAUGACCGAAACCCGCGAACUGCGCACGCAGAAGCGUCAGCUAGAAGAACUUCUCAUUAACGCUAACGAUGAACUCCGAGCAAAAAAGGAUGACUAUGAAGCAAAGCUCAACGAGCUCUCGGGAAAGACAGAUCUUAGAACGAAGGAGAUGGAGAGAAUGUUAGUGGAUCUAGAGAAUAAAAAGAGGCAAAAAGAAGAUGUUAAUGCAGAUUUAACACAGGGGAUCACAAGGCUAAAGCAUGAGAUUGAGAUCUUAAAACUUGAACUGGAAGAGACGAGAAAAUCAAGUAUGGAAACCGAGGCAUCUUUAUCAGAGGAGUUGCAGCGAUUCAAAGAUGAAAAAGAAGCAGUCAUUACCAUUUUAAGAUCACAACUAGAGACCGCAAUAGCGCAAUGUGAUAACAUAACAAAAACAGAGCAAAGAAGCAACGAAGAUAAUAUAAAACAGCUUGAGGAACAAAUCAAACUAAAGGAAAAUGCUUUGGAAGCCUCUUCAAAGAUGUUUAUAAAAAAGGAAAAGGAUUUGAAGAACAUAAUCGAAGAGUUGCAGACUAAACUCAACGAACGAAGUCAAAAUAGCCAAGAGACUGGUGAAACUCUGCAAGGUCCAGGAGCGAUUGCUAUGCAUAACAGUGAAGUAUUGCCACUGAACAAGAGUGACAAUCUUCAAGAUUUGGUAAAUGAAGUAGCGCUGUUAAAAGAGCAAAAUGGAUUGAUGGAGAUGGAAUUGAAAGAAAUGCAAGAGAGAUAUUCAGAGAUAAGUCUAAAAUUUGCAGAAGUUGAAGGUGAGAGACAACAACUUGUGAUGACUGUACGUUAUCUUAAAAGUGCCAAAAAGAAGUAAAAACCGUUAUUCUCAAAAGAACCAAAUGGUGUGCAUUGUACAAAUUUCUCUUUAUCUUCAUUUUUUUUUUACAUAUAUAUAUAUAGUUUCUCUUUUAAUAUAUAUAUUUUUUCUGAGAGAAAAAGUGAGUUUUGAGUUUCUUUGUUUUCCUGUAUUUAAAAUUUGUAAUAGAUAUCAUGGAUAUAUAUAAUUAUCUAUGUUAGUUUGCAUAUUAUCAUCA